ACUAAAAAGCCAUGUUUGACGCAAACAACAGCCAAACAAAUCUCUUGCGCUCCUCUCUUUCUCUCUCUACAAACUCGGGAGAAGCUGCUUUUCUUAUUUUUGGUUUUUAAAGGGAGGAGAGAGAUAAAAGAGCGAAGAGUUGUGCGUGUGUGUGUGUAUCAGAAGCCAUAUCCACCUGGCGAUCUCACAGACGGAGUUGCAGACAGCUUCGUUUACAGGCGGCUCGUUCUCUGCUCGCCACGCCAUUUUCACAUCUCCAUUUAACCUUUUCUUUUCUUCUCUCUCUCAAAUAUCUUCCUCAUCGCAGCCAAUCACAUGUCACAAACUCUUGAAUUUUGGAAAUUUUUUUUUUUAAUUUUGUUUCGUUGAUUUGAAUCCGCAAAUCACGUUAAAGAGCGGUUUUCUCGGUGGGUCUUUGGAGAAUACUGUUUGGUUUUGGCUUUGCUUCGUGAACUGAACUUUGUUUGGUAGGAUUGAUUCUGAUUGGGAUUUUUGUUUGUUCAUUUGGGUUCUUAUUGGAGGGGUAUGAUUGAUAUUUAAGAUCUUUGAGGGCAAGUUUGAUUUAGAGUGUGUUUUUGGUCUUGCUUGUGCUUUGGUUUCACUACACUUGCUCUCGUUGCUUUGUUGUUGUUUGGAGGUAAAGAACAUAUUUUUUUUGGGGGUGUUCAAUAGCUAUUUUUGGAAGAGUUCUUUUAUUUUUGAAGAAGAAGAAAUCUUUGAUAAGAGGUAUUUAUUAAGAUAAGGAGUCGUGGAUGAUUUCGUGGUUUUGAUUGGGAAUCGGAUAAUCUGAAUUCGAGAAUUUAGUCGAUAUGGUUAGUGGGAAUUUAUUUCACUGUAGAAAAAAUUCAUGGCCUCCUGAGGAGUAUAUUAGCAAGACCGCCUUGCAGUUGCUUGAUUUUGAUAGUGCUGCCCCACCAGAGCAAGCUUGGAGGAGAAAGUUAAACAGCCAUGCUAAUAUUCUCAAAGAAUUUAGUAUUACAUUUACAGAAGCCAUAAAAAUGAUUCGGUUAGGUAUACGGUUAUGGUCAUAUGUGAGGGAAGAAGCCUCUCAUGGAAGGAAAGCACCUAUUGAUCCUUUCACUCGUGAAACUUGCAAACCAUCUGCAUCUCAAGGGGUUCCACUUGGGGGGAUGGGAAGUGGCAGCAUCUCUAGAGGUUUUAGAGGCGAGUUUAGGCAAUGGCAAAUUAUUCCUGGUUUAUGUGAAGCUUCCCCUGUUAUGGCCAAUCAAUUCUCUAUUUUCAUAUCUAGAGAUGGAGGAAACAAAAACUAUGCAUCGGUUUUGGCCCCUGGUCAACAUGAAGGAUUAGGGAAAGUUGGUGAUCAAGGUAUAUCAUCGUGGGGCUGGAAUCUUAAUGGCCAGCAUUCCACAUACCAUGCUUUAUUUCCUAGGGCAUGGACCAUAUAUGAUGGUGAACCAGACCCAGAACUGAAAGUGUCUUGUCGGCAAAUAUCACCAUUUAUACCACAUAAUUAUAGAGAUAGUAGUCUCCCUACUGCUGUUUUUGUUUAUACGCUGGUCAAUACUGGAAAGGAAAGGGCAAAAGUCAGCCUUCUCUUUACAUGGGCGAAUUCAAUUGGAGGAAUCUCACACUUGUCAGGAGAUCAUGUGAAUGAACCAUUUCUAGAUGAAGAUGGAGUCUCCGGAGUUCUUCUACAUCACAAGACUGCAAAAGGGAAUCCCCCUGUCACUUUUGCAAUUGCUGCAUGUGAAACGCAAAAUGUAAGCGUGACUGUUUUGCCCAGUUUUGGUCUGUCUGAAGGAAGUAACACUACUGCAAAGGAGUUGUGGAGUACAAUGGUAAAGGAUGGACAAUUUGGUCGUGCAAACUUCAAUUCGGGACCAUCAAUGCCUUCAUCAGUUGGAGAGGCACUCUGUGCUGCAGUUUCAGCUUCUGCAUGGGUGGAACCUCAUGGAAAGUGUACUGUUGCAUUUGGACUAGCAUGGUCAUCUCCAACAGUAAAAUUUUCGAAGGGAAGCUCGUAUCAAAGGAGGUACACAAAAUUCUACGGUACCUCUGAAAGAGCGGCUCAAGACUUGGUGCACAAUGCACUAACAAAUUACAAGCAGUGGGAGGAAGAGAUAGAGAAAUGGCAAAGUCCUAUCCUCAAAGAUAGCAAUCUUCCAGAAUGGUACAAAUUCACAUUGUUUAAUGAGCUCUACUUUCUGGUUGCCGGUGGAACAGUUUGGAUUGAUUCUCCCUCAUCAGAUAGAAACACAAGAAAUGAACACCUAUUAGGAGAAGUAGAAAGCUCAGAUCCAAAGGUCAUUGAAAAUAAAGCUAACCACAGAGAAAAUACAGUUGUUGGUCAUGCUACAACUUAUGGCUACAGCAGUGCACUAAGUAUGUCCAAAUACCGCAACCAUUCCGUCCCAGAAUAUGAUAAUGAAGAUGUUGGUAGAUUUCUCUACUUGGAAGGAGUGGAGUACAUCAUGUGGUGCACUUAUGAUGUGCACUUCUAUGCAUCGUUUGCCCUCCUUGCACUAUUUCCUAAAAUAGAACUCAAUAUUCAAAGGGACUUUGCAAAAGCUGUCUUAUCCGAGGAUGGAAGAAAAGUAAAGUUCCUAGCAGAAGGAAAUUGGGGGAUUCGUAAAGUUAGAGGAGCUGUCCCUCAUGAUCUGGGAACACAUGAUCCAUGGCAUGAAAUGAAUGCAUAUAAUAUUCAUGAUACAAGUAAGUGGAAAGAUUUGAACCCAAAAUUUGUGCUUCAGGUGUAUAGGGAUUUUUCUGCAACAGGGGAUAUGUCUUUUGGAGUUGAUGUGUGGCCAUCUGUUCGUGCUGCAAUGGAAUACAUGGAACAGUUUGAUAGGGACAAUGAUGGUUUAAUCGAGAAUGAUGGUUUCCCGGAUCAGACAUAUGACACUUGGACUGUUCAUGGUAUAAGUGCUUACUGUGGCUGCCUCUGGUUAGCUGCCCUUCAAGCUGCAGCUGCAAUGGCCCUUCAGCUUGGUGAUAAACCCUUUGCUGAAUGGUGUAAGGCCAAAUACUUGAAGGCCAAACCAAUAUUUGAAGAAAAACUAUGGAACGGUUCUUACUUUAACUAUGAUAGUGGGUCAAGUAGUAACAGUAAAUCUAUACAAGCAGAUCAAUUGGCUGGUCAGUGGUAUACAGCAUCCUCGGGUUUGCCUUCAUUAUUUGAUGAUUAUAAAAUCAAAAGUGCUCUGAAAAAAAUUUAUGAUUUCAAUGUGAUGAAAAUUAAAGGAGGAACAAUGGGUGCUGUGAAUGGCAUGCAUCCCAAUGGAAAGGUAGAUGAGACAUGUAUGCAGUCACGUGAAAUAUGGACUGGUGUCACCUAUGGUGUUGCAGCUACAAUGAUUCUUGCUGGAAUGGAGGAAGAGGCAUUUGCAACUGCUGAAGGCAUUUUUACUGCAGGCUGGUCAGAAGAGGGAUAUGGAUACUGGUUCCAGACUCCAGAGGCAUGGUCAAUUGGAGGGCACUUCCGGUCGCUUAUAUAUAUGAGGCCUCUCUCUAUUUGGGGCAUGCAAUACGCAUUAUCACUCCCUAAGGCAAUCCUUGAGGCCCCUCAGAUCAAUAUAAUGGAUAGAAUCCAUCUAUCUCCCACGACUCCAAGAUCAUCUCACAGCGAAACCGGUGUUAGAAGGAUUACUACCAAAGCGAAAUGCUUUGGGAAUUCUGUGUUUCAUUGUUCAUGCUGACUGUAACAUAACAACUUCAUCAUCUUGUAAAGAAAUGUUAAUUGAAUUUGUGCCUUCUUCCUCAAACCUUGUUGCAGUAAAAGUAAGCUGCUCGAGGAGAUUUUGAGGGAAUUAAUAGAAAAAUAGGAAAUAAAAAAACUGGGUGAUAACCUGGUAGGCAAUCUCUCUCACUUGAUAUAGAUAACAUGUCAUGUGAAAAUUUUUUGUAUAACUAUUCUUCUACAUUAUCCAUUAUAUAUAUAUAUAUAUAUAAUAUUAUAGUUUUCUCUA